AUGAAAGGCCCUUCCACUGUCGCUAUUGCUCUCGUUCCCUUCACAGCUGCUAAGCAGCUUGUCUGGCCUUCAAAGUUCGAUUACCUUGAGGAUCUCCAGUACAACCAGGGUGGAUACAACAAGUUUGGAUUCGCUGAUGCUCUGGUAACCUGCAGCUUUGGUAACAGCCAGCCCGGACGGCAAAACUCUGCCGAAUGGAUUCGAACAGCUUUCCACGACGCCGUCACACACGAUGCCAAGGCUGGUACCGGUGGUCUUGACGCUUCCAUCUUCUGGGAGACUACCCGUGCUGAGAACCCUGGUGAUGCUUGGAACAACACCUUCAGCUUCUUCAGCGGCUUCCACAACCAGCGUGCCACUGCUGCCGAUCUCAUCGCUCUCGGCACCGUUGUUGCCACCAAGGGAUGCUCCGGCCCUGACGUCCCAUUCCGAGCCGGCCGCACCGAUGCCGGCAAGCCUGGACCCUCCGGUGUCCCUGAGCCUUCCACCAACUUGAAGGAGACCUUUGCCGCUUUCCAAAAGGCUGGCUUCACCAAGGAGGACAUGACUGCCAUGGUUGCUUGUGGUCACGCUCUCGGUGGUGUUCACAGUGUUGACUUUCCUGAUGUCACUGGCAUCAAGGCUGACCCCAACAAUGACACAUCCGUCCCCUUCCAGAAGGAUGUCUCUAGCUUCCACAACGGUGUCGUCACCGAGUACCUGGACGGUACUACCAAGAACCCUCUCGUUGUUGCCAAGAACAACACCCUCAACUCCGACAAGCGCAUCUUCGACAAUGACCGUGCUACCAUGAAGAAGCUUGCUACCAAGCAGGGCUUCAACACCAUGUGCGCCGAUGUCUUUGCUCGCAUGAUUGACACCGUCCCCAAGAGCGUGCAGCUCAGCGACGUCAUCUCUCCCUACGAUGUCAAGCCUUACGUUAACGAGCUGUCCCUCAACAGCAAGGGCCAGAUCGUCUUCAAGGGUGCCAUCCGCCUCAUGACCACCAACAACAUCCGAGACGGCGAAGAUCUCAUCGUCCAGCUUGUCUACAUGGGCCACGACGGCAAGAAGACCACUGUUCCCACAACCAAGGCUAUGUGGCAGGCUGGCAGCUCUUUCGGCUCCGGUCAGAUCUUUGUCAACUUUGAGUUCGAUACCACCAUCAACGCCAAGACUGGUAUCACCAAGUUUUGGAUCAAGGAGACCAAGAAGUCCACCAAGGUCAGCAAGUCCCAUGACAACCAGGGCACCCACGGUUACAAGGUCGACGACACCGUCUUGUACCAGAUCCAUGACUCUUGUCUUACCGCUGAGAAGUUGCCCAACGCUCCCAUGACUGUCACCGCCGUUGUUCGAGACAGCCAGGCCAAGAACGCUUUGACCCUCAAGGUUGCCGACAAGCUUCCCCAGAAGGGAACCCUGGUCCCUAAACUUCAGACCCAGGUUGUUCCCUUCAAGGCCACUGGCAAGAAGCAGAAUGGUUACACUGCAUUCAAGGCCUCGACCAAGGUCCACGAUUACAGCAUUUGGUUCGAUAUCUCUCUUGCUGGAAACGCUGCUGCUGGCGUUCAGUUCCAGGGAGCACUGCCCUUGACUGCUUGCUCUUAG